CGAGCGUGCACCAUAACAGGCCACAUACCUCAGUAGUCCGCUUGUAGAUUAUACACUAGUGUAUCAGCAGAGAAACAUGUGAUUUAGUGUAAUGGUAGGAAAACCGAAGUUGACACUUCAAGAAAUAGUCUACCGUACACUGACGGUGUAAGAGCACAGAAUAUCUUCACCUACGACUGUGCAGGAUUUGAAAAACAAAAUGGAGUCUACUGCAAGCAGUGGCGAUGAAGGUAGUGACAUAUGACGAGAAAGAUGUAUACGAGCUUCGUUUCCCGGAUGGAACAUCCAAGUCCAUGAUAUCAAUUGACGAUACACACUUCAGCAUGGAUUUCCUACUAGAAAGAAAAACACCUAAUCUGAUACCCGCAUUAACAAAUGCGCACAAAUUUCGUUGUCGCGAUGACGAUAUUUUUAUCUGUGCCUUCAUGAAAGCAGGUACACACUGGGUAUCGGAGAUAUGCAAGAUGCUGUUGUCGGAGACAACCAAAUACGAUCCCAACGGAAAAGAGAGAUAUAUGUUGGAGUUCCAAACGCCUGAUCACCUAGACACCAUCAGCUCUCCUCGGGUUCUCAACUCCCAUCUGCUUCCUCGGCAACUCCCGACCUGUAUCCAGCAAAAGAAAACCAAAGUUAUAUUUAUACAUAGAAACCCUAAGGAUAUUGCCGUUUCAAGCUAUCACCAUGUUAUCAAGCUUCAUGAUUAUGCAUGCAGCUUCCCUGCCUACCUUGAAGUCUUCCGAAAGCAAGCGACAUUGUUCCAUAACUGGUUUGAUUACACAAUCGCCUGGGAAGAAGCCUUUUCAAGUCAAUACAAAGAUACGCCCAUUUUGCAGCUCUCCUAUGAAGAUAUAAAGCGGGAAGGUAUUGCGAAUAUCCGGAAGAUUGCCGACUUUCUAGAAUUAGAACACGACGAGGACUUCCUGUUCAAAGUUAAUGCGCGUUGUGGCUUUGAUAAUAUGAAAGACGCAAAGCUUACAUUGGCUGAAGUUAAAAAAGAUCAUAUACAGAAAGCGAUGUAUCGAAAAGGUCAAAUUGGAGAUUGGAAAAAUUGGUUUACAGUAGCCGAAAAUGAGAACUUUGACGCAGACUUUCGUACACGUAUGAAACACUCAAAGUUCAAAUACUCAUGGGAAUGAUUAAUCGGAUGGUCACGUGACACACUGCAAACUUGAAUAUACCUCAAUAACCGAUUGUGCGCAUUAAGCUACAUUUGAAACAUGACAUAUAAGGUCAUAUAUGCUAAUCGAAUUUUUUCUUAACCAAGGAAGGUUUAAACACUGUACUAUUAUUUCAUCUACCUUGAAUUUGUAAUCAUCGUAAAUCGAAUGACGGUGUGUGUGAUUCUCUUCUUAAUCCUCAAUAUUUAUGAAGAUUCGAGGGAUUUAAAAUUAUAUUAUGCCUUCAUGAAUCAUAAAAAACAGGACGCGUUCAUUAUACAUGUAGCAUAUUCAUUAACGUUACAUAUUUUCUGGAGUAUUUUUCCUCGGGUAUUAUCUUCAUUGUUAAAAGACAAAUAAUCAUUCUCCAAUAUUUAUAUUUCCUUUAUACAAAGUUACCAACGAACAAUGUUGUUGUAACAGGGGGUUGAUGUCUUCGAAGACCACCAACCAUGGCCAUAUAUCGUAACAACUUUUGUCAACUGACGAACAACUAAUUCCAUAUGAUGGAAUUAUCAAGUCACACGACGUUACAACCAAGGCCAUGUGACAGAGCAACCUAUGGCGGAAGUUUCCGCUUGGUCACGAAAUGGUCUUUUACAACAGCAUACAGAAAUACCACAACUUCGAUGGAAAGCCAUACUGAUUUAAACGCUCAUACUUAUAUGACGAUGGCCCUAUUGGAGGUAUCAAGGGAGACAAGGAGACAAGACAGACACGAAAUACUACAGUCGCAGCUGAAACGAAGAUGACUCUCCCUUUUGUUGGCAACAAAACAACUUUGGUUUUCUCGGUGACAACAGUUUUUUACCGACAAUACAUGUCGUGUUUCCAAUAUAUGUUAUUGAUGUUUGCUGCUUUUCGUAAACAAUUAUAACUUGUUUUCGACAUUAAAUAUUUCAUUAGACAUGUGCAAUAUUGUAUUUAAAAGAGAAUUGAAACGCCAUAAGGAUAUAGUGGUAGCUAUUUUUAUGAUGCCCACUAUCUAUUGGAUAAAACUACAAACUAUAUUGGUCCUUAGAAUUAACAAGCAUCCUUUCAAAUUAUUAAUAUUUGUAAAUAUAUUAUUUUUGUACACUUCUGUUAUUCCAUUCAUUCUGUUCUAAAGCAGAACUAUUUAGAUUUAUACUACAAGAAGACCACAUGGUAACUGGAGAGGAUGUCUAAGCUAGGGAGUUUUAUGAAAUUACUCAAAGCUGCAUAGCUGCAGACCCGGUCGGCCUGUUUCUGUUUUUCUUAAUGUGAAUUCAAGACAAACCCUGGCUGGGAGAUCGGUUCCUGAUUUCUCGAUUGUUUAAGUGUACAAACCACUGAAUAUUACGACAGGAGACAUAGACUAGCAAAAAUAAUAUUUUUUAACGGGUGUGACAUACUGUACCAAACAUUCUAACAAAAAAGUACGCAUAUUCUUUUGUUAUGCUCUGGAAUGAAGUUUCAAACACUUUUGUGGGAAAACAUAGUAUGACUGCAUCGUUUUUAUUCAUAACUAUACAUUGAUCAACCAGAAAAGACGUUUGUAGUUUAAGAAUAAUGACAUUAGUAUAAAGACAGACCGAUUGCCAAGUUUGUAAAAAUAUCUUUAGCAUUUUAGACACUUUAAACAAAUCGUGUAUUUAACCAUCCGAUAUAUAUUUUUCACCUAAAAUCCGUUAGUUUACCCCACUUGCUGUUAUAGACUAAGAGCCAGGUAACUCCAUUCAAACCGCAUCUCAAUUCCUAUCUAGAAUUGUCGUUCCUACCUCAGGAACGACAACACUAUGGGUAGAGAUUGACAGCAGCUACGAAAACUGUGUUGUGAUCAUCAAUAGACAUCACGGAGCUAAACUGACGAGCUAAUUGCAUAAUGCAAUGUUUUCGUCACAAUGAUAUUUUUGCCUGUACUGUAUCCUGAUGUUAUGACAUUAUUUUGCAAUACUUAAUAUAUAUUUAAUGAUAAACAAUAAAUCAACUGAUUGAUUUAGCAGAAUAUUCUUACUUGAUUUGAUUAAGCUGUGUGAAGUGUAUGUACAUGUAUUAUGUAUCGUGCCAUUAUUACGAUCAGUUAACCUAAUUUCAAUCCUGUAUGUCAUGUAGCCGGAGUCCUAAUCUACUUAAAACACUUAACUUUCCGCCUGAAUCACAUGACCCCGUACAUGUAAAUGGACAGAGUAACAAAAACGUCAAGGACAGUCUUAUAUUUCGUAGUGUAGAGACAAUGAUGUACCUUUCUGUUUACUAAGUGAAAGUGCAUUGGUGUUGAGACGACUCAGUCCACUAAUAUAAAGUUAUAAAAAAGCUGUUUAAAAAAAAAAAAAAAAAAAAAA